AGAAUUCUAUGGUUUUAUACUGUCAACAAUUCAUCAUUUCUGCAGUGUAGGAAAGGAACUGCGUGCAUCCCAACUUCCUGCUGUGCCCUGCACACCAUCUCCUGUGUCAUCCUGGCUUUGAUCUGGGAACAGGACCCGGCAGCCCUCACUGAUGUGCAGCUCAUUUGACAUUCAGGAGGUUGGGGGACUUGCCUCUGAAAAUGUGAGAUGGGCUGAGGCUGUGAAGGACUUCAAACAGCAGCAGAGCACCUUGUGUGGAGACGUCCUGCUGGUCACAGCCUUUGUCUCCUACCUGGGCUACUUCACCAGGAAAUACCGCCAGGACCUCCUGGAUGGCAUCUGGAGGCCCUAUUUGCACCAGCUAAAAGUGGCAAUCCCCGUGACGCCGCGCCUGGAGCCGCUGUCCCUGCUGGCGGACGAGGCGGCCGUGGCGGCGUGGCGGAACCAGGGCCUGCCGGCCGACCGCACGUCCAGCGAGAACGGCGCCAUCCUCGGCUGCUGCCAGCGCUGGCCCCUCCUGGUGGACCCCCAGCUGCAGGGCAGCAAAUGGAUCAAGAGCGCCCACGGGGAAAGGCUCCGCGUGAUCCCGGCGGGGCACAAGGGGUAUCUGGACACACUGGAACAAGCCCUGGCUGCUGGAGACCUGGUUUUGAUGGAGAACCUGGAGGAAUCCGUGGAUCCAGUGCUGGGGCCGUUACUGGGGCGAGAAACAAUCAAGAAAGGCAGGUACGUCAAGAUUGGGGACAAGGAGUGUGCCUUGCACCCUGCCUUCCGUCUGAUCCUGCACACCAAGCUGGCAAACCCCCACUUCCAGCCCGAGCUGCAGGCCCAGUGCACCCUCAUCAACUUCUCUGUCACCCGCGACGGCCUCGAGGAGCAGCUGCUGGCGGCCGUGGUGCGCCUGGAGAGACCUGACCUGGAGGAGCUCAAGUCAGAUCUCACAAAGCAACAGAAUGGAUUCAAGAUCACCUUGAAAACGUUGGAGGACAACUUGCUCUCUCGGCUGUCAUCAGCAUCUGGGAAUUUCCUGGGAGACACAGCGUUGGUGGAGAACCUGGAGACCACUAAAAGGACAGCUGCAGAGAUUGUGGACAAGGUGCAGGAGUUUAAGGCGACAGAAGGCAGGAUUAACGAGGCCAGGGAGCAGUACAGGCCCGCGGCCUGCCGCGCCGCCAUGCUCUACUUCACCAUGACCGAGCUGCACGCCGUGCACCCCAUGUACCAGUUCUCCCUGAAGGCGUUCCACGUGGUGUUCCAGAAGGCCAUGGAGAGGGCAGCUCCUGCUGAGAGCCUGGCAGGGCGGGUGCUGAGCCUCACGGACAGCAUCACCUUCUCCGUGUUCCAGUACACGGCCCGGGGGCUCUUCGAGAGGGACAAACUGACCUUCAGUGCCCAGCUCACCUUCCAGAUACUUCUGAUGAAUAAAGAAAUCGACCCAGCAGAACUGGAUUUCCUGCUCAGAUACCCAGCACAGCCCGGAGUCACGAGCCCCGUGGAGUUCCUGUCUGACCAUUCCUGGGGAGGAAUCAAGGCUCUCUCAUCCAUGGAGGAAUUCAGAAACCUGGAUCGGGAUAUUGAAGGGUCUGCAAAGCGGUGGAAGAAGUUUGUUGAGUCUGAGUGUCCUGAGAAGGAGAGGUUCCCCCAGGACUGGAAGAACAAGUCAGCCCUGCAGCGCCUGUGCAUCCUGCGAGCCCUGCGGCCCGACCGCGUCCCCUGCGCCGUCAGGGACUUUGUAGAAGAAAAGCUGGGCAGCAAAUACGUGGUGGGGAGAUCCCUGGAUUUUGCAACGACCUUUGAGGAAUCAGGGCCUGCCACGCCGAUGUUUUUUAUCCUGUCCCCAGGAGUGGACCCCCUGAAGGAUGUGGAGAAACAUGGGAAGAAGCUGGGCUACACCUUCAACCACAGGAACCUCCACAACGUCUCCCUCGGGCAAGGCCAGGAGGUGGUGGCUGAACAAGCUCUGGAUCUGGCUGCAAAGGAGGGCCACUGGGUCAUCCUUCAGAACAUCCACCUGGUGGCCAAGUGGCUGAGCUCCCUGGAGAAGAGGCUGGAGCAGCACAGCCAGGGCAGCCACCGGGAUUUCCGCGUGUUCCUGAGCGCCGAGCCGGCGCCGUGCCCGGAGAGCCACAUCAUUCCCCAGGGCAUCCUGGAAAACUCCAUCAAAGUCACCAGCGAGGCGCCCGCCGGCAUGCACGCCAACCUGCACAAGGCCCUGGACAACUUCAGCCAGGACACCCUGGAGAUGUGCAGCCAGGAGAAGGAGUUCAGGAGCAUCCUCUUUGCCCUGUGCUAUUUCCACGCGGUGGUGGCGGAGCGGCGCAAGUUCGGCCCCCAGGGCUGGAACCGCCCGUACCCCUUCAGCACCGGGGACCUCACCAUCUCUGUCAACGUCCUCUACAACUACCUGCAGGCCAGCUCGAAGGUCCCCUACGAUGACCUGCGCUACCUCGUGGGUGAGAUCAUGUACGGAGGUCACAUCACGGAUGACUGGGACAGGCGGCUCUGCAAAACCUACCUGGAGGAGUUUAUUAAGCCAGAAAUGCUGGAGGGAGAGCUCUGCCUUGCUCCUGGAUUUCCCCUCCCAGGGAACAUGGAUUAUAAUGGCUAUCACCAGUACAUAGACGAUGCCCUGCCUCCAGAGUCUCCCUACCUGUACGGCCUCCACCCCAACGCCGAGAUCGGGUUCCUCACGCAGCGCUCGGAGCGGCUCCUGCGCACCGUGCUGGAGCUGCAGCCCCGGGACAGCAGCACGGGCCAAGGAGCUGUGGGCACCCAGGAGGAGAUGGUGCAAGCCCUUCUGGAAGAGAUGUUAGAGAAGCUCACGGACGAGUUCAACAUGGCAGAGCUGCUGGCCAAGGUGGAGGAGAGGACUCCCUAUGCUGUGGUUGCCCUCCAGGAGUGCGAGCGCAUGAACGCCCUCACUGCCGAAAUGCGGCGCUCGCUCGCCGAGCUGGAGCUGGGCCUCAAGGGGGAACUGACCAUGACCAGCGACAUGGAGGCCUUGCAGAACUCCCUCUUCUUGGGCACGGUGCCCGAGUCCUGGGUGAAGAGGUCCUACCCUUCCACGGCCAGCCUGGGCUCGUGGUUUGCUGACCUGCUGGCUCGCAUCAGCGAGCUGGAAGCCUGGACCAGGGACUUCUCCUUACCCUCCACGCUGUGGCUCGGAGGGUUCUUCAACCCCCAGUCCAUCCUGACGGCCAUCAUGCAGACCACGGCCCGGAAGAACAAGUGGCCCCUGGACAAGAUGACGUUGCAGUGCGACGUGACAAAGAAGAGCAGAGAGGAUUUUGCCAGCGCUCCUCGUGAGGGGGCCUAUGUCCAUGGUCUGUUCAUGGAGGGAGCAUGCUGGGAUGCUCAGGCCGGGACCAUCACGGAGGCCAGGCUCAAGGAGCUCACCCCGGCCAUGCCCGUCGUGUUCAUCAAGGCCAUUCCUGAUGACAAGCAGGACAGCCAGGGCUUGUACCCGUGUCCCCUGUACAAAACACGCCAGAGAGGGCCGACCUACGUGUGGACUUUUAACCUCAAGACGAAGGAAAAGCCGUCCAAGUGGGUGCUCGCUGGUGUGGCCUUGCUGCUGCAGAUCUGAGGCACCAGCACAGCCCCUGCUCUGCAAAUCCCCCACAGUGUCACACAAUUUAAACAAUGAAACGCUGAGAUUAACCCAGGUUCCAUCUCUCUGGUGGACUCCCAAGUUAUCUCUGUGUCCUGGGGAUGUGACCCAAACAGGGCCUGCCAGGAGGCGACAGAGGUGCAGGGUGACACGUGGCUGCUGUAAAUCAAUAUCCUGCAAUUCCUACACUGCUGCACUGCAAGAUGCCAGCACAGAGCCUGAUAUACCACACCCAGAGAGUGCUAAACUUAAAUCUAGUUUUUAUUUCUCUUCGUGAUCCAAAGUAGUUUUAAAAUCAUCCAUCAGUAAAAUCAGUAGCCUUCUCCAAAACGCUUAAAUAGUCCAGUGACUUGUGAAAUUCUCCAGAAUUUAUUCCUUUCCCUCAUGUUUAAUGUUGUGUGUGUGUAAUGUUGAAAGCUGGGAGGUGAGCAGAUGUUGUGGUUAUAAGCUGUGUGUUGCUAACACUCCUGUAAAUCUUAGCAACAUUGAAAAUGGUGUUAAUAUCCAGUGUGCUUAAUGGAAUCAAUAGUGAAAGCACAGCACAGGGAUGAUUUAAGAGGAAUAUGUCGUGAUGAUAGAUACUUACUAAUAAAAGUAAU